AUGUCGCAGGCGGUGCCUCCACAGGGAGGCCCGACGGAGAAGGAGAGAAAGUACGAUAGACAGCUUCGCCUCUGGGCUGCCUCAGGUCAAGCCGCCCUCGAGUCGUCCAACAUCCUUCUCGUCAACUCUGGCCCUGGCACUGUUGGCGUCGAAACGCUCAAGAACCUUGUUCUUCCAGGAAUUGGUCAAUUCACCAUCGCAGACGACGCUGUUGUAGAAGCCGCCGAUCUUGGCGUUAACUUCUUCUUGGACGAGUCAAGUCGCGGCAAGCCCCGCGCCCAAUGUACCACCGAAUAUCUUAUGGAACUCAACCCUGAGGUCUCCGGGGAAUGGUACCCCAAGUCACCAGGCAAGUUGGACAUUCAAGCUGUGCUAUCCAACGCGAGUCCAUAUACGAUUAUACUAUACACGCUACCCUUACCGGCCGAGACAAUACAAGUAAUCGAGGAUUAUGGGCGCCAUCACAACAUACCUUUGGUGGCCAUCCGCUCCGUCGGCUUCUACGGCUACUUUCGUGUUACUCUUCCUGGUGUCUUCCCAGUUGUAGACACCCAUCCCGACGAGACGGCAACGGCCGACCUGCGGCUUCUCACUCCAUGGCCAGAAUUGUCGCAGUUUGCACAGGAACUAACAAAGGCCAUGGAUGACUUGGAUGAUCAUCUCCACGGACAUUUGCCUCUCGUGGCUAUCCUGCUGCACUACCUCGAUAUUUGGAAGCAAAAUUACGAUGGUUCGCUUCCUACAGCCUACGCUGACAAGAUUGCAUUCCGGAAUCUUGUUUCUGAAGGGAUGCGAAAGGACAAUGCAGAAGGAGGCGAGGAGAAUUUCGAAGAGGCUGUUGGUGCUGUUAUGAAGCACGUCACUGCGCAGUCUCUCCCUGGCUCUUUGCGUGAAGUUUUUGAAUACGACAACGCAAAAAAGACAAGGUCCUCCUUUUGGAUAGUUGCAGAAGCAGUGUCGCAGUUCUAUCAGAAGCACGGUCAACUGCCUGUUACUGGCGGACUCCCUGACAUGAAGGCACAGUCAAGUGUCUAUAUCCAACUCCAAAACAUUUAUAAGAAGAAGGCUCGUCAAGAUGCUGACGAAGUUUUGACUAUUGUUCAGAGCCUUGCGGGUGACCUUGCAGUCGACCGCACCGAGGUUGAGCAAUUUUGCAAAAACGCAAGAUUUAUAAAGCUGAUAAAUUCUGCGCAAGUUGCGCCAAAGAUGGAAGACAUUGUCGCAAAUGAGCUCAGCCAGGACGAAAUCGCCGCCAUUGCCGGGCCCGAAAUGCAGUCGUCUCUAAUAUCCCUGUAUCUUGCUCUGAGCCUCACGCCGAACUCAUUUGCGCCCUCCGCAGAAGAAAUGCAGAAGGCUAUAUUCACGCACGCUCCAGCGCUACAGGGUCACGACAGAACGAAGCAAAUCACAGAAGAAGUAGCACGUGCGGCAGGAGGCGAAAUACACAACAUUUCAGCUGUCCUCGGAGCCAAGGACAUGGACUUGCCUCUGACUUGCAACAACUUAAAAUGCAGAGCUGAGCUCAGCGAUCGUGCGCUAGUAACGACGUGCAGCCACAUCUUCUGUCUAGAGUGCACGAAUCGCUUCUGUCUCCCCGGGCAGGAUCGGCAGAACCGAGUGCCCUGCCCGGCCUGCGACACGCAGCUGGCCAGCCCAGACGACGCCGUGAUAUCGAACCUGAAGCCGUCCGAGGCGUACAAGACGAGCAUACUCAGCGGGCUGUCGCCCAGCAUCAUCAUGGAGUGCGCCGGCCGCGCGCUCAGCUUCUGGGCGUACCAGACGACGCAGAACAUCUACUACCAGCAGUACCUCUACAAGACGCUGACGGAGAAGUACGCGACGCUCAGCGGCCGGCUGGAGCAGACGGUCGGCGAGGCCAACGCGCAGAUCGAGACGCUGCAGCGCAAGAUUGGCGCGCUGACGACGGACAACGACAGCGCGCGCAAGAAGAACGAGGAGCUGUCGAGGGCGUACAAGGAGAAGAACAGACAGCUGCUGCAAACGCAGGAGCUGCACGACAAGCUCCGGCACACGGUGGAGAUGGGCCACAUCCAGCGCGCGGCCACGGAUGCAAUCGAUUCUCGAUUUCAGCAGCAGCAGCCGCAGCAACCGUCGAGACAUUUUGUGGCACACAAUACCGCGUCGUUCAACAAUAAUGCGAAACCACGACCCGGGAGUGUGGGAGGGUUCCGCGGGUACGGGACGGCUGGCGAUCCGGAGCGCAUCUCGGAAGGUGGAAUCCGCGGCGGACUGAUUGACACUGGCGGCGGCGGCGGUCCCUGGAGACGAGAUGGUUCUGCGACAGGCCACGUCUCCAACGCUCCCGCUACGUUUUCGCGUUUUGGAGCCAGAGGGCUCCUGGACGGAGAGCGCGGUUUGGGGAUGGGACACGCACCGAACAGCGCGGAGCGAAGAAGACAUGUAGAGAUGGGUGGUCCGGGAAAGCAUAUGGGAGGGCUCAGUUCGGGAAUCAAGGUCAGUCAGCCUAUGAGCAACAGCGGACUGCAGGAAACGACGGGAGGUGGUUUCAUGGGUUUGCGGAAUAUUUAG